CCUCGCAACCGCCGCGGUCAUCUCAGUGGGGAGCCACGCCGUGACAAAAACCACAACGGAGGGUGUCUGGGUCGCCGCUGCCGCGGGCGCCGCACGCUCACGCCUGCGCGUGCGGCGGUGCCGCCGCCUGGCCGCCGGCGCCGCGUGCCUGGUGGUCCACGGCGGCGGCCGCGCCAGCGCGCCCGCCCCGCUCGAGGGGGAGAGGCACGUGGUGGAGCUGGGGGCCAUCCUGCGCGAGGGCAGCGCGCUGCUCGGGCUGGAGGAGACCUUGCCUGGAGCGGGGCCGAGCGCGCCGUGCCUGGAGCUGAGCGGGCGGCUGCGUGGGGCGGUCGGCGCGCCGCAGGCGUUUGGGCCCCUGGUGGGGGAGCUCUGCGAGCGGCUGCGCGCGCUGCCGGCCGCCGUCGAAGGCUCUGAAGGGCCCGCUGCCUACCUCGGGGGCCGGAAGCCGGGUCUCGGGAGCGACGUGCCGCUGGCGGGCGCGCUGCUGGCGUGCGAGUGGUGGCGGUCGCAGGCGGCCAGGGCGCUAGCGGCGCCCUCUUGGCCGCCGCCAGCCGCCGAGGAGAGCGGCGCCGAGGCGCCGAGGGGGCGCGGCGUGGUGCUGCUCUGGCUGGCGCGCGUGCUCAGGGCCGGGCCCGGGCGCGCGGCGCUCGGGGCCUUCUGCGGCGAGGGCGGCCAUGAGACCGUCGGCACCCUCGUGGGCGAGGCCGAGCUCCUGGAGGAGGUGCCCCCGAGCCUCGCAGAGGCCCUGCGCCUCGCCCGCCCGCCAUCCGGGCAGCCCCGCUUCCCGUCCUCGGCCGAGCGGCGAGAGGCGGCGCGGCUCGCGGAUGCGCGGCGGGCGGCGGCCCGCCUGGACGCCCAGCUCGUCGAGGCCGUCCGGCGGGGCGACCUGCGGGCGGCGGGGGAGCUGCUGCGUCGGGGCGCCAACGCCCUCGCCCGCGCGAGCUCGAGGACGCCGCGGGGGCUACCCCGGGGCACCGGCUUCUCGGAAGCGGGGGCCCGCGGGGCGAGGCGGCACGAGUACGGGCUCGUGCACCUCGCGGCCUCGCUGUGCGUCUCGCUGCCGCGCGGGGCGGGGCAGGGCCACCCGGCGCACGGCAUCGCUGCGGACCUCGGCGUUCGGGCUCCGGGCCACCGGGCCGGCACGCGCGAGGGCGGCGGGCGCGCCGACGUUGGCCUGUGCCGGGGCGCCGCCAUGCUUCACAUGCUGGAAGAGGCCGGUGCAACCUUUGAUGGCGAGGAUUCUGACGGACUGACGCCCGUGUUCUACGCGGCCAUGUCUGGCAGCGUGUGCUGCCUGUCGCACUUGAUGAACGCCGGCGGGAGGCGACUGUUUGAUCACAGGGAUCUCUCGCGGAGGACGCCUCUGUAUUGGGCCGUGGCGAACGACCAGCCGCAAGCUGUGGAGUGGCUUCUCGAUCACGCAGCAGCCGAGAUUGACGCCCCAAACAGCGCAGGACAGACAGCGCUGGCAAAGGCCGCCUGGUGCGAUCUGCCUUGCAUGGCCGAGCUGCUUCUUGCGCGUGGCGCCGAUCCUGGCCUGGUCGACGAACAUGGCCGCAAUUGUCUCCACAAGGCCGCGUGGGGUCCAGAUGGAGGCCGCCACGGGGUCAAGUUUGUGAAUGGCGGGGCUUUGGGAGCCAGCCCGCGGUGCGUGCAAGCGCUGAUGAUGAGGCAAGGGAGCUCCUCCUUGCUGGUCGCAGACAACUUCGGCGCGACGCCGCUGCACGUUGCAGCCUCCACUGGGGCGCUGGAUGCGUUGGACGAACUCCUCCGGUCCGAGGCUGGCCGCAGGCACGCUACGCACGCGCUCGCAAGAACCGCGUUCAAGAACCAGGCAGACUGUCUGCGCAGGCUGCUUUCCGCGAGGGGCGACCCGUGGUGGCGCUGCUCGUCAGGCCACUCCGCGCUGGACCACGCGGUCGUCGCGGGCAGCCGGCAGGCUGUGGGCAUGCUCUUGGAGCAGCUGGUGGAGGCCAGGAGGGCCCCGUCGGGGUCUGGCGAAGGGGCGCUCGCUGCACACAUGGCCUCCGCCGCCGAGUGGUGUUGCCGCCGCGGUCGUGCGGGCGCUCUCCGCCAGGUGCUGGGGGUCAGCGCGGAGACGGCAUCCCAGAAGGACUUCGUGCAUCUGUGCUUCGCGGAGGCCCUGGAGGGUAGGAUGUCCGUCGGCCCAGCCCGCUGGCCACCCUUUACCGACGAGGACAGGAGCUGGCCCGAGGCAUGGCUUCCUGAGCAGAUGAUCUUCCAGCCAGAUCUGCACGCUGAGGCUGCGGAUAGUUCGGAAUGCCUCGCCGCCGCAAGGAAGUGUUGCCGUGAGUUACUUCGGACCAGAAGGGCACGUGUCAGUGAGGGCACGUUGUGCGGGAUCCUGCGACACGGCCUUGCGGACAACGCUGUCGAUCUUGUCCAAGCGCUCGUGGACGCCCGCCUCGCGUCUGCUGCUGUUGAUGAAGCCAUCGAAGCAAGCAGUCUUCUUGCGUGGCCUCUUGUGGCAGCGGCUGCUGCUGGGGAUUUGGAUGCCACCGAGGUGCUCUUGUCUCGGCGUGCCCAUCCAGAUGCAGGGCCAAACAGCGGACUGGCCCUGGCUGUUGCUGUGUCCGUAGGAUCACCUGCAUGCGCCGUGGCUCUUGCGGAGCAAGCUGCGCCAGACACCCUUUGCCCGGACGUCUACGGGCAGGGGGGGCAUAUGCCACCCGUGGUCCUUGCAGCAGCUCACGGGCAGGCAGAGUGCGUAGAGUGCCUACUCGCACUAGCGAGGCGCCAGCGGGAAGGCUGCGCAGCACAGCUUGGGAAGGCAGCUGCAGAAGCAGCAGCAGCGGCGGGCCGACGUGACAUCGCCCAGUGGCUCGCUAGCGAAGAAGUAGCCCUUAGUCCCAGCAACUCUUGGGCAGCUGAACUGCGACUGCCAGAGCUGCCCAAGGUACUCCAGUACAGCGUCGUCAGCAUCGACGGCCACGAGUCCAGCACACCUGCAGGGCGGGGAUCAGCUUGCGAAGUCCCAGAGGCUGCUGAUGCAGUGGAUGGCCUCGUGGCAGCUGCCCUGGCAAGGAGCGCAGCCCAGUCGAUCGACCCCAUGCCGAUACGAUCACCGACGUGUUGCUUGAUACAGAGCACCGGCGAGGCAGAGGCAGCCGUCGAAGCUCUCCGGACAGACAUGGCCGACGGAGCCCCGGUCUUGGGCGUCGACGUCGAGUGCCACGGCGACGUAGUUUGCACAGUCCACGCCCGGCUCUCCACGUGUGCCCGCGACGUCGUGCUCGACGGGCUGCGGCUGCACGGGGCCCUCGGGGGCGUCCUGCGCGGGCUGCUCGCCGACCGCGGGAGCAUCAAGGUCUUCCACGCCCCACAGAUCGGAACGACCUGCGAUGGCUGCGGGAAAACUUCGGGCUCCGGGUCGCGGGGCUGUUCGACACGGCCGCCGCGGCGCGUCUCCUGGCGACGGCGCCCGAGGGCGGCCCCUGCCCAGGGAGCGGCAGCAGCGCGAGCCUGCAGGCCCUGUGCAGAGACCACCUCGCGCUGGACCUGGACAAGACGCACCAGCGCGCGGACUGGAGGCUGCGGCCGCUGCCGCUGGAGAUGCUGCGCUACGCGGCGAUGGACGCCCGCGUGCUGCCGCUUCUCUUCUCGGAAGAGGGCUCUGUCGGCGGCUGGACGCGGCGGGCGAGCUGCGCGCCUGCCUCGAGGCGUGCGCGCAAGCGGCGGCCCGCGCGGGUGCGGGGCCGGGCCCGCGGAUGCGAGUGCAGCUCGUGGAGGGCCUCCGCGCGCGCGGCGACCCCCGUCCCUCCGAAGGGAAA